CCCAACAUCGAAAGAAGGCAUGACGGGAAAUAUGGAAGGAGUAAGUCACAAUGCACAUUGUCUAAAUGAACUACAUGCACUGCAUCACUGAAGUGUCACUCCCCAAAAUAACUUGAUACUUAUUCGAGGAAGAUGUUUGUGUUGUGAUUACAGGAUUUAGUUUUUAUUUCUCAUUAUGAACUGACAGACCAUGAGGAAAGUUUCUAAAUUAAGGGGAGCAUACGCAUCUUUGCUGAUCGGAUCAAUAUUUAUGAUCACUGUAAAGAUCUCGAUGAAAUCUAUUUCACAACAACAGGAAUUUGCCGCAUAUCUUAAUAGUUCGUAUCCGAAUUUGGUUAAAUUUUACUUUUUGGAACAAAAUAAGGAAUUAAAGAAUAACACCAAUUUUGGAAGAGAGCUGGUGUCUGUGAUCCGAAGGAAAAUGUUGCCAGCACAAUUUCUUCAAGAAGAGUCUUGUGAGAUUGAAACGGCACUCUUCUAUCUAAGAAACCACAAGAAUAUUACUAUAGAGAACUUUGAAGACCCAUUUGCCAAUUUUACGCCUAUUGGCGGUGAUGAUUGGACGUUUUCAUCAACCGUUGAUUGCCUUCGAAACUCAUCCACCAGUAUUUUGGAGAAAUCAAAUACUGAACGAAAAAGACCUUAUAUUGGAUGCUCAGAGAAUGACGUGUACAUGAAUCUUACACAUUUGAGUUCCGGUUCCCCCGACCAAGUGUUUCAAUUCCCGAGCAACUGUCUCAAACGGGUUGUCGCCAAAUACUGCAAAGACAACUUAACAGUGCCAAAUAUUGUUCACUACAUAUGGUUUGGGAGCCUGUCCUUUGAGUUCAUGCAUUUUGUGAGUUUCUUGAGUGCAUAUAAGUAUCAAAAUCCCUGCAUGAUAUUGUUUUUUCACGACAUGCUACCAUCUGGAAUAUGGUGGAAUUUGCUGCGACAGACGGUUCCCAACAUUGUACUUGUAAAAGUUAUCACGCCUACCCAUAUCUCAGGGAGAAGAAUUAAAUUCAUACAACACAAGGCGGACAUUUUUCGACUUCAGAUACUUAAAGAGUAUGGCGGUAUAUACUUAGAUACCGACCAAUACAUCUUACGGUCGCUAGAUGAGUUCAGGAACAACGAAUGCACGAUGGGAGUGGCCCAUGACGGAUCGGUAGGUAGUGCGUUAAUCAUUGCUGCCAGAAAUUCCAGAUUCAUCCAAAAAUGGAUUGAGAGUUAUCGUUCCUAUGAUCCAAAGAGCUGGGGAGGCAACUCUGUAACAAUGGCAACGAAACUUACAGAAAAAUGUCCUGCUCUAGUUCGGCUACAUAGACAUCAUUGCAUGUUCUUUCCCCAUGGACUAGUGUUGUAUAACCAAAAUUACAAGUGGUCCCACAGUUAUGCCAUUCAUAUUUUUAAAAAUGGACAUAUUAAUAUGUUAAAGAGCAUCAACUUUGAUACUGUGCGAAAGCUAAAUAAUACAAUCGGUGCUUUUUUCCGAUAUAUACUGCAUGGCAACAAAGAACUUUGUCGCAAAUGAUAUCAAUUCGACUAUCAAUUUUUAUUGAUAGGGUCACUGGCCAAGAAUUUACGUAUCCUUAAAAGUGUGAUUUUCACUUUCUCCACGAAAAUUGAUACCCUUGAAUAUUAGUAUAAUUAGAUACUAAUCAUCUUCGCUAGCCAAGGGUUUACGACCUACUCCUCUUCUCUCGUUGUAGAGGAGCGGAGUAACCGUAAACCCUUGGCUAACGAAGAUGGAUAAAUUUAUUACAAUCUAACUUGCAUUGCCAAGGUUUCAAAAUUUUCAAAUUUUGCACCCGUUUAAUGUUCAUGUUUCGAAAAAUUCAAAUAUAAUUAUCAUAUUGUAGACCAUUGUUAAAAAGUUUAGAUACAUGAUGUAUCUUACCUGCCAGUUAAGA